CUGGGCUGUCUGUCAGCUGCUGAUAAGCACGGUGCUGUGCAUUGCCAGGUGUAGGCCUGGGUAUACGCUGCCAUAGUAACAGGCGACGGUUUUUGGUGGUUGUUAUGGUGACCGACUGGUUGCUAUAGGGACGUGUAGUUUAUGCCAUUAGUAAAGAUGGCGGCGCAGCAGUGGCUGGAGAGUCUGAGAGCUGCUAAGAAGACCUGUCUCCUGCAAGACGGUGAUUGUCACAUACAGAAGAAAGGUACAUUAUCUAUUUUCAGAUGGCAAGGAAAUGGCCGAGGAAUAUGAUCACAAGACAAAUGAACUUUUGGUUCGUAAAUGGAGACAGAAGUCAGCCCUGGGAGCUUAUGGUCAAUGGGAGAUUGAAGUUGGAGAGACACCUCUUCCUGUCAUAGGAGCUCUACAGCCCGAUUUCUUGAAGGAAAACAGUUCCAAUCCUGUUUUUAUACGGAAGGAUACAAAAAACAGUUUUCAGUGGAGAAUUCGUAAUCUUCCUUACCCAAAGGAUGUAUAUAGUGUCUCAGUAGACAAUACUGAGCGUUACUGUGUUGUACGAACAACCAACAAAAAGUAUUAUAAAAAGUUUUCUAUUCCUGACCUGGACCGAUGUCAGCUUGACCUGAACGAAAGUGCUCUAAGUUUUGCCCAUGCGAAUAACACAUUAAUUAUUACUUAUCAAAAACCAAAGGAGCUUCUCGCUGUUGAAGAAGAGUUACAAAAGGAACUGAAAUCAAUGAAGACUACUACUGAGGGGGAUGUCGAGUGCAAAACUCAGUAACUUGCGAUAAAUCUUUUAGUAUCUAUAUAGUUUUGUAAUAAAAUAAAUAAAUAAAAUACUUACGUGUCUGCUCA